CGUCCCUCUGUUACCCCUCUCUAUCUCUGCCAUAUUCCUCCUCUUCUUCUUUUCCCACUUCUCUUCUCCCGUGCGCCAAUAUCAUGGCCUCUCAAUCCGGCGGCGCUCUCCCGCCUCCACCAGGGGCCGAGUCCUACUUCGAUGUCAACAACCCGGGCCAAUGGCGUGGAAACGCUGCCAUACACGUUCUCUGCCUCGCCAUAGCCACCGUUUCCGUCAUGAUACGCCAGUGCGCGCGCAUCUAUAUCACUGGGAGCCGGAUGGGCAUAGACGACUACCUCUCCAUGGGAUCUUACCUCUUGACAGCAGUUUUCUCUAGGCUGAUGCACAAUGCUUACUUGAUGGGACUCGGCCGCCACGUACAGGACCUGCCACCCCGGUCACUUACGGAGAGCCUCAAGUACUCCGUCGUCGCAUCGUUUGUAUAUAUCGCGCUGUCGGCGGCCAUCAAGCUCAUGCUACUCUUUUUCUACCGUCGUAGCUUCUCGCCUCAGACAAAGAGGAGGCAUCUCAUAAAUUUCGGCAUCGCCUUUGUGGCCUGCUUGAGUACCACCCUUCUCCUGACCUCGGUGUUCAGCUGCGUACCAGUAGAACGCCAGUGGAACGUAACAAUAGAGGGUUACUGCUUCAACCCGGAUAUUCUACCAUAUAUCUCUGGCAUUUCGGGCAUCUUGACCGAUCUUUAUGUCCUCCUACUCCCCAUCUCCCUUCUCCGCGGGUUGGGCGUGAACCUGAAACAGGAGAUGGGACUGGUGGCCAUUUUUGUAUUGGGGCUGUUCGCCUGCGUAGCUAGCUUGGUUCGAUUGGCCAUGACUCUAGCACUUCGAAGCAGCUUUGAUGUUACCUGGGACAUGUCAAGGGUCGAUAUAUGGGAGACUGUCCAGGUCACGCUUGGAAUUGUAUGUGCCUCUUUGGUAACGCUUCCGGCGCUCCUCAGUCGGCACUUCUCCGAGUCGGGAAAACCCCUUUCUCUACGGCUCUGUCUUUUCGAUAACACAAACGAUGACGGCGGAAAGGAUCGCUACGGCGGUCCAGGUUACUACGAUAAGGCGAUUCUGGAACCUCGUCAAGUCGAUAAACCUGUAAUUGUUCUUACGGAUGUCGGAGGCGAGAAAAUCCAGUAUUUGGUAUGAAUGCCGCAACUUGUCCUUUUCCAGCAAGUGGGAAUCUUAGCAUGAUGAGAGGCUACGGCUAUGGAAGUCGACUCGAGGACGCCACUUUUGCCGUGCGAGCGCAUAUACACUGCGGGUGUCCUAUGAUCUAAUACCACGCUGUCGCGCUGCCUAGACACAAGCCAAAACCGACCUCUCAAUAAUAAAAGGCACAGAUUCCAAAAUCGGGUCGUUUAUUAGAUCUCCCUUGCUCCCUCAUACUGACAUGUUGAAUUUAAGCCGUCAGUCUACUUAGAGCUUAUCGGCAGUUAAGUGAUUAUUAAGGCGCAUCAGGCUUUUAAAAGUUAAUCAUGGUUAAGGCCUACGGUCAUGGGGGUUUCUAACUACGGAAUAGGGGGGUCGAGCAUACUUGGGUAUAGAGCAGACGACGUCGACAUUCCGACUAUGUUAUGACGCGGCAAUCUGAAUUACUUACACCUACCAAGAUCACAUGCGCACUGGUCACUUU